AAUUGUCAAAGUAAACAAACUGAAGAAUCUAAUGAAUGCAAUUCUAGAUAACCUAGAAUAAUAAUUACACAUUUCGGAUUGUUUUACUUUAACGUAAAGAAAAAUUGUACUUUCAUCUCUCUUUCUUACGGCUGAAAUCGGUGUGAAAUAAUCAUCAGAUUUACCUCCAUGAUAUGUUUCAUUCAGUAUGUGGAGACCGCAUUACCUUGUAUAACAAUAAUAAAACAGCUAAACGAAACUUAUCAGAAUUUAAUCACGGUUUAGUAUUCAGUAGCGAACCUUUGAAAAGUAACUAUCUAUUCGAAGUUAGAAUAGAAAAAAAAAUUUAUGCAUGGAGCGGAGGAUUAGAAAUAGGGAUCACGAAAUGCGACCCAGAAAGUACAGAGAUUCCUGCCAAUGCUACCGAUUUAAGGAAUGGAACAUGGAUCCUGUCAGGUAGUAGCGUACUCAAAGAUGGUAGAUCGGUGCUCGAUAUUUAUGGGUUGAAUUUAAACACAAUCGACGAAGGCGAUGUAGUCGGUAUUUUGCGAACCGAACAAGAUGAAUUGUUGUUUUCAAUCAACGGAGUUUGUAAAGGAAUCGCCGCGUAUCACAUUCCAUGUCGUGUAUUUGCUGUGAUCGAUUUAUACGGGCAGGUGGCUCAAGCAUCUGUGGUUUCUUACGCACCGGUAGAAAAUAUACAAUUUUCUACCAUAUCCAGCGAACUGGACACUUUGGACGAAUGCGAAAUCGCUGAAGGCAAUAGUGUGUUGAGUAAUCUAGUCACUAAUUUCGAUCAUCAGACUACGUUAGCGCCUCAAAGUGAUUCUGAUAUUUCGCCUGUUAAUCCGGCUCCUGGGUUAGUUCCUGAUAAAAUACGUUUUCAUUCGAGAUGUGGUACCUUAGCCAAAAUAUCUGCUAACGGAAGAUCAGCCGAGAGGAUCAGACCAUUUGACGAAUUCAAUAAUGGAGUCGUAAUUACUCAUCGACCACUUCUAACGAACGAACUAUACGAAAUACGAAUCGAUCGUUUGGUGGAAAAAUGGUCUGGCAGUAUUGAAGUUGGCAUCACGAUGCAUAAUCCCGAUUUCCUAGAAUUUCCUCCCACCAUGACCAAUUUAAAAUCGGGCACUAUAAUGAUGUCUGGAUGUGGCAUAUUGACCAAUGGCAAAGCUACAAAACGAGAUUACGGGGAUUAUAAUUUGGACGAAUUAACAAUCGGUGACCGAAUUGGACUCGUAAGGAAACCCAGCGGUGAUUUACAUUAUUUAAUUAAUGGAUUGGACCAAGGCGUUGCAGCUAGCAAUGUCCCAGUGUUGUUCUGGGGUGUUGUUGAUUUAUAUGGAAGGACUGUGAAGGUAACCAUCGUUGAUCGAAAUGAUCGAGAUGAUAACGUGAUUACGAGAAGAAUGACAAUUAUGCAGGGUUGCCAUCUCUUGCAUAGUUUGAUCGAUAUUCCUGAAGAGGAAUCGCAGUGUCUUCUAUUCCACAAAAAGUGCGGUCAUCACGUUGCAGUAACCAAUGGCUGUCGGACAGCUUACAGACCAAACGCUCUAGAAGAUUUCAACAAUGGUGUUGUGCUGACGUGUCGACCAUUACGACCAAAUGAACCUUUUGAAGUGAAAUUGGAUCGAGUUGUUUCUCGAUGGGCUGGUUCUAUUGAAAUAGGAGUCACUAGUCAUUCUCCUAUUGAUUUAGAAUUUCCCUCAACCAUGACGAAUAUUAGAACCGGUACGUGGAUGAUGACCGGAAACGGAGUUAUGCAUAAUGGGACCACUGUGAUGGACGAUUAUGGUAUCAAUUUGGAUAGAUUACAAGCUGGAGACAGAGUAGCUGUCAUAAUAAAAGAAAAUGGAAUGUUGCAUUUAUAUGUAAAUGGCGUCGACCAAGGUGAAGUUAAUGCCAAUAUUACCACUCCUAUGUACGGUGUGAUCGACUUGUAUGGUCAAGCUGCUCAAGCCACUAUUUUAGAAUAUGAUCUCUUGUAUAGCUGCAUGUCUCCGUCAGAAUUGAUAAUUCCAUUACCUUUUACUGGACCUUUGGAUUUAUGUUUCCAUUACAAUCACGGUAAAAAUGUACGCGUCUGUAAUAACGGUCGAACCGCGAUGAGACCUCAGCCAAUGGCAGAAUUUACCGAUGCUGUCGUCUUAUCUAAUAGACCAUUGAAAAGCAACGAAAUGUUCACUAUAUCGAUCGAUAAAAUAAUCGAACAUUGGUCCGGCUCAAUCGAAGCUGGUAAAUUUCAUCUAUUUAAAUUGGGUGUCACGUCAAUUAAUAUCGAUGAUUUAGAAUUACCAGCUACUAUGACCGAUUUGGACCAUGAUACGUGGAUGUUGUCGGGAUCAAAUAUGAUGAAAGAUGGAGCCGUUAUCAAGUACGGAUACUCUUUGAAUUUGGAUAACGUUAAAGUAGGAGCUGUGAUUGGAUUAAUGAGGCAUUCUGACGGAUCCUUGCAUUAUUAUUUAAACGAUGUUGAUCAAGGAGAAGCAUGCAGUCAUGUUCCAGAAACUAUGUAUCCGGUCAUUGACCUUUAUGGACAAUGUGCUCAAGUGACUAUCGUAAAUCCUCCGGAAAGUCAAAUAGAUAGUUCUAGUAACGAAACUAGUCAUUAUCAAUCAACUUCCAACUGGGCCGAAGAUGUUAUACGGUCUGUGCCUUCGAAUCAAACCUUAUUCGAAGGACCUCCGAAAUGCUUUAAUCAAUGGUGUGGUAAAAACAUAACACUUUCGGAAGACUUGACCGUGGCUACGCGUUCUAGUCAGCAUAACUACGGAAUUGUGUUCUCUAAUUUCAUCCUCGAGCACGAUAAACUAUACGAAAUCUGCGUCUCAAAAUGGAGUGGAAAAUACGCCGGAUCUAUGAGCAUAGGAGUGACUACAAUUAAACCGGAAAAAUUCCCAUUACCUCCGACCAUCUCGUGUUUGAAACCUGACGUAUGGUAUUUGAACGGAGAUGAAGUUUGGCACAACGGACGUAUUAUUAAAGCUCACUAUGGACAUAAUUUGCAUUGGUUACAAUGUGGUUCGACUGCAGGGGUCAAGUAUUGUUCAGAUGGCACCUUACAUUUCUACAUGAAUGGUCACGAUCAAGGAGUAGCCGCUAGUGAUAUUUCAGGCGAUUUAUACGCUGUUAUCGAUCUUUAUGGAAGUGUAACUGAGAUAACGAUUAAUCGAGAAGUUAAAGAUACUAUGACGUCAUCGUUGUUACCUUCACUUAAUAUUGUUGAAUCGAUCAUUUCGCCGUCGAGUAGUGCCACUCAAGAUAUGUUAGUUGCUUCUAAAGAUAGGCUGGAUGAUCUAAAAGCAGAGCGUGCCAUUAUGGAGUACAAUUUACAGAGGAAUUUCGAAAAAGAAAAAUCAGUCAAGUUUACCAACGAUUUGAUCGCUAAUAAAGAAUGGACAUUUUUCCAAGAACUCAGAGGUCGAAAUAUAAAAUUAUUGAAUAACGGUAAAACUGCUGUACGUACUGAAAGCUAUAAUCAAGGGGUGGUAAUCGCUUCCAAACCUUUAGAACGAGACGUUAUAUUCGAAAUAACUCUGGAUAAUUUGAAUUCAAGAUGGGUUUCUUCGUUAAUGAUCGGUGUUCUGUGUUCUCCUCUAACAAGAUCUUCCGUUCCUGUGACAGCUUUUGGUUUCAAAAGAGGUGUUUGGCUAAUUGCCGGCGAUAGUGUUUACCAUAAUGUCAAUAAGAUUAAAUCGAGAUACGGUUGCAAUCUAGACCUACUUAACGAAUCGCAAAAAGUAGGUAUUACCGUAGAUUCGAAUCACCAUUUGAAAUUAUUCAUCGAUGGUGUCUGUCAAGGUAUCGCAGCAGCAAAUAUACCCCCAGUUUGUUACGUAGUUAUCGAUUUAUACGGCCAAUGCGAACAGGUAACCAUUGCUAAUAUCGAUCCAGUUUGCGAACAAACACCAGAACCAGCUCCGUUACCUAUUACGAUCUCAUCCAUCCCUCCAGAACCAGUUAGUUGUGAGAAAGCUGACUUGGACAGGCACGAAAAAGAAAGCCCAUCAGAAGAGGAUUCCACGAGUAUCUCAAUUAUAAAAUCGGAGAAAGACGAAGGAUCGAUAUCGCGUAUAAAAUUAAACAAGACUAACGAAAAUAACGCCGUAGCUGCCAGUUACAGUUCAGAAUCACAUCUGAAACUGAACAAAACCAACGAAAAUAACGCCGUUAUAGCAUCGUGUUCGAAUAACUCGUCUAUGAUCGACAGCAUCGAAUUUCAUCCAAAGGCGAAUAAAACCAACGAGAAUAACUCCGUCAUCGCGUCGUGUUCAAUGGUAGAUUUUCACACCCAGCAUGUGCUGACGUCAUCGUCUUCGUCUACGUCUUCGGCCAACAUGUCCGAAGAUUACGAUAGCUCGGCUAAAUUUAGUCGCAAGUCGUUAUCGGUAUCGGAGCAUUCAGCUUUACAACCUGCCGAACAACAUGGCGAAUUAGCCAGACAUAUGUCGAGUACUAAUUGCGAUCAUAAGACUAGUUUGAAUUUAGCAAACACCAUGUACAUUCAGGCUGAAAAGUCGAGCAAUAAGAAAAACAAGAAUAGGAGUUCGUCACCUUUAAACGAUCGAUCCAUUAAACAAAAUCCUAAUUGUGAAUAUAGACAGAGAUGCCACAGAUUUAGGAAUUUCCUGGGCUUGCCUGCUGGAUUUUUUGGUUCCGAUUCCAGUAUCAUAUGCUAUUGCAGCUCUUGCUGUCCCUAUAGUUCCCAUGAAAUGAAAGGUGAUCCGCCUUCAUCUUACUCGGUGCCAAAUGGUUGGUGUAAGUUCCCUCUUAAGAAGCAUCUCAUGACUAAUAAUGUGGAUGCAGUUACUUUGGAAAAAUGGCACGUCGCAUUUGUAGGCGUUUCUGUCGGAAAUGUGCGUAAAAUAUUGGACUGUGGGCAACUCUUAUCUCCAAAUAAAUUGAAAAUAGGAUUUACGUCGUCUAAAGAAAAUAAAUCCAAAGAUAACGAAAAUGAUAAAUGUCAAAUCGUGCUUUCGCCUAUGAUUAAAUAUGCUACUAAUAUCGAAUUCGCAUCUCGUUACGAGUACGUUGAUCAAAAGACAAAAACGCCAUAUUCUUGCUGCGCAGCAUUCCAAGUACUCGUACGUCCUGGAUCUUACAAAGUGGGACCACCUUCUUCGAUAAUUCCUUCUAAAAUAACCGAUCAUGGUUUCAAUACGAAUACCAUCGAGUGGGUUAUUAAAGAGAAAGAAUCUACAGUAUUAUCGUCGCUUUUAUUUAAAAUCGAAAGUUCGUAAAAAAUUUCUUUCCAAGUUUAAACCAAUUCUAGUCGUAUUUGUAUUUUUAUUAUUGUUAAAAUACCAAAAAUUAUCGCUUAUUUGCAGACUGCUGACAUUACUUUUUUUUGACAAAUGAUUUUUUUCACCAAAAAAAAAAAUGGGAUCAAAAAAUUCAAGUAGGGGCUGCUUAAAAGAUGUGUUUGAUUAUUUUUUUCUCUACCAAAAAAUUGUCAAAUGAAAAUGAUUUUGGGAAAAUUAUAAUUUUUCGAUCUUAAGUUUAGGUCUUUUUUUUUGUGAGCAAUCCAACAUCAAAUUAAUAAUUCGCUGAGGUUGUGCCUAUCACGUAAAAAAAACUUGUAAAUAUAAGAUUUUUUAAAUAAGUUUUUUUUAUACCAAUAGCUUUUGUAGAUGAGUUGCGAACAUAAAUAGCAAUUUAUUCCCGCAUAAGCAACUUUUUUUCUUUAGAUGAGUAAGCUUUUCAAUAAAUCAAAUCGAAAAUUUUUACUACUUUCGUUAGUACAUAUUUUUAAAUUUUUCCUUCAAGUACACCUGCGAAGCGAUAAAUUUUUAGGUUUUUAUUUUGUGAUUAUGUUACUUUCAUUUAUGUUGGCUGUGUACAUUUUGUGACUAAUGUGCUGAUUGUUUGAAAAAUUCGAAAAAAUUGGCUCAAAAUGGUUAUUUUUCAUGCACCUUGAUCACUGUUCCUGGAAACAUCUAUCGAAUUGUAAACAUUUUUAUACGAGUUUUAAUUUUAUGGUUAUUUUAAUAUCGUAAAUUUGUUCUCUUCUCUACUCUUUUUUUUCAAAUAAACGUUGAACUCAUAA